AUGAGCCAGAGCCACCACCGACUCUUCCACGUUUUCCUCUCCGUGCUGCUUCUCACAGCCUCGGCCGUCGCCGACAGCACGUUGACGCAGUCGGGGGCCAUCGGCGGCGACCAGAGGCUUGUCUCUCCCGGGGACGUCUUCCAGCUCGGGCUCUUUUCCGUCGCCAACAACACCAAGUGGUUUCUCGGCAUAUGGUUCACCGUCUCCCCGAGCGCCGUCGUCUGGGUCGCCAACCGCGACCACCCGCUCGACACCUCGUCCGGCCUAGUCGCGCUCAGCGGCCGAGGAAACCUCGUCCUCCUCGACGCCGCCAGCAAUAACGAAACCAUCUGGUCGUCCAACUCCUCCUCCCUGGGCGCCGCUGGUGCGGUCGCGCAGCUCCACGACAACGGCAACCUGGUGCUCGCGGACGAGGCCGGCGCCGUGCUGUGGCAAAGCUUCGAGCACCCGACGAACACGUUAAUCUCCGGGUUGCGAACCGGGAAGAACCUCAGGACCGGCGCCCAGUGGUUCCUCUCCUCGUGGCGCAGCGCCGACGACCCGUCGACAGGCGACUUCCGGGGGUUCAUGCCGGGGUCGCCGGCGGAGUGGCGCAUGCGGAACGCGACCGGCGGGUGCGCCCGGAGCACGCCGCUACAGUGCGCCGGCGGGGACGGGUUCUACGCCCUGCGCGGCGUGAAGCUUCCGGAGACGCACGGCAGCACCGUGGACGCCGGCGCCACGCUCGCGGAGUGCGGCCGGAGGUGCCUCUCCAACUGCUCCUGCACGGCGUACGCCGCGUCGGACAUCCGGGGAGGCGGGACUGGGUGCAUACAGUGGUUCGGCGAGCUCAUGGACACGCGCUUCUUCGACGACGGGCAGGAUCUCUUCGUCAGGCUCGCAAAGUCUGACCUAGCGUUAGAGCCAACCAAGCCCAAGAAAUUCGUCGCGGUCAUCACAGCGGUGAUAACAGGGUUUGCGUUGCUUCUCCUAUUCUUUGGUUUCAUGAUUUUGAGAAAGGCGCGGCGCAGUAAGGAAGUCACCAUGUUUGACGACAUCAUGAGAGGCGAAUGCCCGACGUACGAUUUCGGAAUCAUUAGAGCGGCCACCGGUGGAUUCUGUCCCAAGAACGCGAUCGGGCGCGGUGGCUUCGGCAUUGUUUACAAGGGUAAACUGCCAGACGGCCAGGAAGUCGCGGUGAAGAAGCUCUCAGCGGAGAACAGAAUGCAAGGCCUGAGGGAGUUCAAGAACGAGGUGGACCUGAUCGCCAAGCUGCAGCACCGCAACCUGGUGCGCCUGCUCGGCUGCUGCAUCCACGACUCCGAGAGGUUACUAGUCUACGAGUACAUGAGCAACAAGAGUUUGGACGCCUUCAUUUUCGAUUCGAGGAGGCGCGCGUCGUUGAGCUGGAAGACGAGGAUGGACGUCAUCCUCGGUGUCGCGAGGGGGCUCGUCUACCUUCACCAGGACUCGAGGCACACAAUGAUCCACCGAGACCUCAAGGCUGCCAACGUCCUCCUUGACAAGGAGAUGGUGGCCAAGAUAUCGGAUUUCGGCAUCGCGAGGCUAUUCAGCAGCACCGGCGAUGACCUUGAGGACUCGACCGUCACCGAAAGGAUUGUCGGGACAUACGGUUACAUGUCACCGGAGUACGCCAUGGAUGGCAUGGUAUCCUUCAUGCAGGACGUGUACAGCUUCGGUGUGCUGGUGCUGGAGAUCGUCAGUGGCAGGAGGAACCAACGAAGUUUCAACCUCAUAGUUCAUGCAUGGAAGCUAUUUGAAGAAAACAAGAGCCUCGAGCUCCUUGGCUCAACCGUGCGCGACGGCUGCUCCCCGUCGGAGCUACAGCAUGCCGUGACAUGCAUUCAGGUAGGGCUACUGUGCGUUCAGGAGAGCCCGAGCCGACGACCGCAAAUGGCCGCAGUAAUACCCAUGCUGUCGCACCAACAGGCUCUGGUUCGGCCACUUCGGCCUGUGGUCUGCAUGCCGAUGACUGCUCCGGCAGGCCUUCUCGAUGUGCAGGAAGUAACCUCAGGGUGUGUCGGGCUGACCAUCACGAGCCUCGAAGGCAGGUAG